CUUCACUGACUGGUUCCGUCAUGUGAGGAUUUUCCUCGCUGGUGGAAACCUGCAAUAUGUGCUCGAUGCACCGCUAGGUGCCCCACCUGCAGAAACUGAAUCCGAUGAGGUAAAGAAUGUUUACCAGACUCGGAAAAUUCGGUACUCUCAAGUUCAGUGUGCCAUCCUGUGCAGUCUGGAAGCCGAUCUUCAAAAACGUUUUGAGCACCACGAUCCGUAUGAGCUGGUCAAUGAGCUGAAAGCUAUUUUUGAAACUCAUGCGGUCGUGGAAUGCUAUGAAGCAUCGAAACAGUUCUUCAGUUGCAUGAUGGAAGAGGGCAGCUCCGUUAGUGAGCACAUGCUCGCUAUGUCCGGGCAUGCGAAGAAACUCAGUGACUUGGGGAUAGUGAUUCCUAACAAGCUGGGGAUUAAUCGUGUCCUCCAAUCACUGCCACCUAGUUACAAGAACUUCGUGAUGAACUACAACAUGCAGAACAUGAACAAGGAGUUACCUGAACUCUUCUCCAUGCUGAAAUCUGCUGAGGUUGAGAUAAAGAAAGAGAACCAAGUGUUGAUGGUCAACAAGACCACCAGUUUCAAGAAGCAGGGCAAGCCUAACAACAAGGACAACUUCAAGAAGGGCGGCAAGAAAGUUGUUGCGCCUCCGGAGAAGCCUAAGGCUGGCCCUAAGCCUGAUACUGUGUGCUAUUACUGCAAGGAGAAGGGGCACUGGAAGCGUAAUUGCUCCAAAUACUUGGCUGAUCUGAAGAGCGGCCUCAUCAAAAAGAAAGGAACUGCGGAAUAGACGAAGCCUGGCGAGGGACGAGGUGACGAUGCGCGUUGGAAAUGGAUCCAAGGUCGAUGUGAUCGUCGUCGGCACGCUCCCUCUACAUCUACCUUCGGGAUUAGUUUUAAACCUCAAUAAUUGUUAUUUGGUACCUGCGUUGAGCAUGAACAUUAUAUCUGGAUCUUGUUUAAUGCAAGACGGUUAUUCGUUUAAGUCAGAGAAUAAUGGUUGUUCGAUUUAUAUGAGUAAUGUCUUUUAUGGCCAUGCACCUGAGAUGAAUGGUUUAUUCUUGUUGAAUCUCGAUAGUAGUGAUAC